AUGCCUCUCGUCAACACUACCGAAGUCAACGAGGACACUCGUGUCCUCGGCUACGACCCUCUGCUGUCGCCCCAAUUCCUUCAGACUGAGAUCCCCGCGCCUGAGCGUGCUAUUCUCACUGUCCGCGCCGGCCGUAAUGAAGCCAUUGAGAUUAUUGAGCAGCGCGAUGACCGCUUGCUCGUCAUGGUCGGCCCCUGCUCGAUCCACGACCCAGACACUGCGCUCGAGUACGCCCGUCGCUUGAAGGAGCUCUCCACCAAGCUGUCCAAGGACCUGUGCAUCAUCAUGCGCGCCUACCUCGAGAAACCCCGCACGACCGUCGGCUGGAAGGGUCUGAUCAACGACCCCGAUAUCGACGAGUCCUACAACAUUAACAAGGGUCUGCGCGUCUCCCGCAAGCUCUACGUCGACCUCACCAGCACCGGUCUCCCCAUCGCCUCCGAGAUGCUGGACACCAUCUCCCCACAGUUCCUUGCCGACCUCAUCUCCCUCGGCGCUAUCGGCGCCCGCACUACCGAGUCCCAGCUCCACCGUGAGUUGGCCUCCGGUCUCUCCUUCCCCAUCGGCUACAAGAACGGCACGGACGGUAACCUGGGCGUCGCCAUCGACGCUAUUGGUGCCGCUGCCCACCCCCACCGCUUCCUCGGUGUGACCAAGCAGGGUCUCGCGGCGAUCACCAAGACCGCCGGUAACGAGCACGGUUUCGUCAUUCUGCGUGGCGGUAACAAGGGUACCAACUACGACCGUGAGAGCAUCCGCGGUGCGCGCGAGGCCCUCCGCGCUAAGAAGCAGCGCGAGGUCCUCAUGGUGGAUUGCUCCCACGGUAACUCCAAGAAGAACCACCUCAACCAACCCGUUGUCGCCAAGGAGGUCGCCGAUCAGCUGCGCGAGGGCGAGUCCGCCAUCGUCGGUGUCAUGAUCGAGUCUAAUAUCUACGAGGGCAACCAGAAGGUACCUCCCGAGGGACCUGCCGCUCUCCUCAAGGGCGUCAGUAUCACCGAUGCUUGCAUCAACUGGGAGAUGACCGUUGAGGUGCUGAAUGAUCUUGCCGACGGUGUUCGUGCGCGCCGUGCUCUGAAUGCGAGCAAGACUAAUGGCUCGCACUAA